AUGAAAGCAAGGGCAAAAACAUGGUUUCGUCGCACUCGAAAUGCUGCUCUUCCUGGUGCUGCCGUUGCUUUUCCUUACAAAUGCCAAAGCUCAAGGUACUUCUUAAAAAGUGAUAAAUCGAGUUUGGAAGAGAAGCUGCGUUACACCUUGAUGCAGGCCUUCCAAAGCAGAUUAUCCGAACUUCGUCGUCUCCCCAAUGGUACACAGUACGGAUGCGACGGAAUUUUCGUCGAAUACACGCGAUACAAUCUCAUGUUCACAUUGUGCCUCUUCAAGAGUAAGUGA